AUGGUUGUUAUUAAAUGCCUCCCUCCUCCUGCAGACCGCCUGCUAUUCUCCAUCCGCGUGCUGCUGGAGUCGGCUGUGAGGAACUGUGAUGGGUUCCUGGUGAAGCAAUCGGAUGUGGAAAGCAUCCUGAACUAGACGCAGACUCAGAGCGUGGAGGUGCCAUUCAGACCUGCACGGGUCAUCCUGCAGGACUUCACGUGAGUCAUGUGAAAUUACGAGACAUCUUUCAUGGUAAAGUAUGCAGUUGUAAUAGCUGUAUUGUAAACUGGGAGAAGCUGAUGGGUAGCCAAAUUGAGGUUUUAACCAGGGUGUGGCUUUUCUUUCCCUCUGAAUUGGAAAGGGAUUUCUAUUAUAUUCUAACUUGUGUCCCCGUUGUCUCUCUUUGCUGCGAUGAGCGACGCGGUGAAGCUGGGGGGAGAUCCAGAGAAGAUCAACCCAGUCUGUCUAGCCGACCUCAUCAUCGAUCAUUCCAUCCAGGUGGACUUCAACAGGAAGUAA